AUGCAGUCUUCAAAGCAACUCGGACUGGCAAUGACCCUGACCUUGACACUGACCUUUGCGCUCAUUUUGUGCCUCAGCCCAAGCGGUGUGGAAUCGAGGAUAAGAUGGCGAAAGUCGGUGCAACUGAGUCUGCACAGAGAAACCAAUCACACCAAGGUGCUCGGGAGUUUCCGCAGCCAAAAGUGGAGGCUCAAGAAUAUACUGUUCCCAACCAAAGAUACAGAGGCAGUGGGAGGAUCCUUUGCCGUAACAAAACCUGUGUCGAGAGAUAACUUGACCAAUUCCCACAAUACGGAAUACUAUAUAAAAGCCUAUUUCGGGCAGCCUAAAACCCAGCAGGUCACUCUUCUAGUGGACACAGCCUCAGCAAAUCUCUGGGUUUAUUCCUCGGACUUCGCCAACAAGUCCUGUGCGAAACACAAUGGUUACGACGAAAGUAAGUCGCAAACACAUCAGCAGAAUGGAGCAUCCUUUGCCAUACAGUAUGCAUCGCAAAGCGAUCUGAAUGGAUUCCUCUCCACGGACACUUUCACAGUUGGCGAUUUGGCGGUGAAGAAUCAGACAUUUGGUGUGAUUAAUUCAGCACCUCUGAGCCUCUGUAAACGUUCCAAUUUCGAUGGCAUUCUUGGUCUGGGACUUUCUCAAAUUGCCCUCGAUGGAGUGACAACCCCGCUGGAUAAUAUGAUCGCUCAAGGACUCAUCGACGAUCCCAUUUAUUCGAUGUACGUCAAUCGAAACGAUUCGGAUGCCAGCAAUGGUGGAGUUUUGCUGCUGGGCGGUUCGGAUCCCACUCUUUACAGAGGAUGUCUCACCUAUGUGCCGCUUUCCAAAGUCGGUUUUUGGCAGAUCACUGUGGGCGGAAUUAAGAUAGGCAGCAAAACACUCUGCCAUAAUUGCCAGGCCAUGUUCGAUGCGGGUACCUCGUUGAUAAUUGUUCCCUGUCCGGCUCUGAAAGUCAUCAAUAACAAGCUGGGCAUCAAGGAAUCGUCUAAAAGAGAUGGCGUCUACAUCAUCGAUUGCAGCAAGGCGUCCAGUCUGCCGAAUGUUGUCGUGAAUAUUGGUUGGAAAGACUUCACUUUGACCCCCUCCGAUUAUGUUCUCAACUACAGUGGAACCUGCGUUUCUGGUUUCGCAAGUCUCUCCGACUGCAGUGCUGAGACCUCUAGUGAUAGAAGCGACGAACUGAAUAAUAUAUGGGUAUUUGGCGACGUGUUUUUUGGGGCAUUCUUCUUAUUGUUCGAUUUCGGACUCAAGCUUAUUGGCAUAGCACCCAAAGUUUAACCAAAUAUUUUUAAAAGUUGUAAACUUGUAAUUGAAUUAAAUAAAUAAAA